UUUUCAGGUGUUGGCAACACUGCUCGGUCUACUUUGCUACAUCUCGGCAUCUCGCCUCGGUUCGAUUCUCUUCGGUGGUUCCCUUCUGUCUUACGAGAAGCUGUAUAAUUACGAUGUCAGAGCAUGAUGAUACCCUACUUGACGAAGACCUCGGGGAUGAGGAGUACGAUCUCGGUAAUGACGAGGAGGAAGCCCUCCUAGCAGAUGACUAUGAACUAGAAAGGCAGAAUAGCUAUAAGGGAGAAGAGGAAACAGAUGAUGUACUGGACUUAGGAGUCACGGAUGCGCUCGACGACUUAGACGCCGAAGACGAAAAUAUAGAGUUUAGUAGAGGCAAUACUGAUAAACGUAGCAAUAACGAUUUCUAUAAGGACGGGGAAAAUCUGGAGGCACAAUCGACAUCAUCGUAUUACGAACAAGACGAGAAUGCUGAAUACACGAAUGAGCACAAACCAUUAUCUCAGUCCAACAGAAAUUUGGAAUCCAGUAGCAUUAAAAUUUCUAAUAAUGGCAUGGGCGAUUUACGCGAGAAAUUGCAGAAAAACGUGUCGAAAUGCAUUUACGUUGGCAACGGGCAGGGAAUGGAGGACGAUGACUGCGAAGAGGCAAAGGAGAGGCGGAACAGAUUUCAAAACGAGCGCACGAUGAUUUCUCCAAAGAUGAACAAUGAUAUUCCGGAUACCUUAGAGAACGUACUCACGUCGGAGCCAUCCAGAACAUUGUUCAGAGGAAGAGGACGGGGUCGCGGAAUAAGAGGGGGUGGCAGAGGAGGAGGAGGAAGAUUUAACGUACAAAGUACUGGAAAUUUCAUUCCAAGAUUUGGCACGGCACGGUCGGGUUUUGAAAAUCAGCCACCUAGCCAGUGCAGACCGCCGCUGAUAGAGACCAGACCGCCGUGUCUCCUUGGCGUACCAAGUAUCAUACAAAAUCAGAUAAUAUACCAACAAUCUAAUCCACAACAACCUUUUCAACAGCCCUUCGGUCCAAAUGGUCCGAUGCAAGGGCCGCCGGCGCAGUUCGCGGAGAACAGGCCGCCAUUCAAUCCCGGUGGACAGUUCCAGGGUCCCUUAGGACCGCGUCCGAUCGGCUCAAGGCUGCUCGAUUAUGGACCCAGGGGUCCCUUGACGGGAGGACCUAUACAGGGUCCGAGCUACAAUUGUCCGCCCAAUCAGCCGCCGUAUCACCCGCCAAUGCAACCGCCGUUUCAAAAUUCGGCCGGCAUUAUACAAGAGAAUCGACCAAUGCAGGGUAAUCAAGGACCUUUAUUGCAAGGAAAUCCCGGCGGGGGAUCGCUCCUUGGUAAUCCGAAUAUGUUGCCCGGGAAUCCGCAGAGUAUGCUACCACCGAGUGGAAAUUUACCGAUGCCACCGAUGCAGGGAUUUCCACGUCAGCAGCCUUCCCAAGGCCCACCUAUGCAAAAUCUACCGCCGAAUAUGCAAAUGCCUAGUCAGCCGCCCUUCGAGAACAGACUGCCGCCAUUUCAAGAGCCACAGUUUGAAGGCCGGGGUGCUUACGAAGCGAGAACUGGUUAUCAUCCCGAUCAAGUGUCUAGUAACCAAUUUAAUAAUACGCCGAUGCCACCGGUACCACAACAGUCGGUAUCUAAUGUGUCUUUGCCGCCUGGGCACAAGAUUUUAAUCAAUCCUCAUUUCAGAGGCACUGUCCAACCCGCAAACGAUGCUCGACUUGCAUGGGAUUCUAAUCAACAAGUUCAACCACAAGCUUCUCACAGCGGACAAUUUUCACAACCUUCCUCGUCGUAUCAAAAUCAGGGGUCCUACAAUCAGCCUCAGCAAAGUUCGUUGCAGUAUCAACAGAACUAUCAGCAAAAUAAAAGUGACGACCCAUAUGCAUAUUUUUCUGACGUGUGGCAAGAAAAUAGACCUCAGAGACCUCCAAAUAUGAGCCCGAACAAACAAUAUCCUUUAGAUAAUAAUUAUUCUCGUGAAAGUAAUUAUAAUGAUAAUAAAUAUAAAUCGGACAGCCAAUGGGAUCCAAGGGACAAUUAUCAAGAGAAUCACAGAGUAUCUCACCAGAGUUAUCGGGAAAGAGAUACCUUGCGAGUAAGAAACGAUCAUGUACGAAGAAGUAGAACGCCGCCGAAUGUGUAUCGUGAUCCUUAUGAUCAGAAAAGUUCUAGACCGACGAAUAUUGCACCUCGUGGAGUAAACAGGCCUCUACAAAAGAGGAUCUCUGAAUCGUCGGAUAAGGGACCGCGAGAAAUAAGCCCAAAACGCAGUAAGCCGCCUAAUAGAAAUCUUCAAGAGGUACAAAGAGUGGAUACAAUAGUAGACGAAACCGUUGCCGAUAAGGAGGAAGAUAACGAUCCAGAAAUGCAGGAGUACCGCAAGAAAAUGGAGGAGCAGAAACGUCUUCGAGAAAAGUUGUUGCGGGAGAAAGAGAACAGGCGUAAAAUGGCCGCAAUAGAGAAACAAAAUGAGGAUGCGAAGUCCGAUUUGAAUAUCACUGCAGUGAAUGAAAAUACGCAGCAAGAAACGAAAUCAACCCUGAUCGGAUUUGUUAAUAACGAUAACGCUGUUAAAACUCGCCCUGGUGUUACUAAAGGACGCAAUCGUCCUGUUAAUACACAGAGUACAGAGGCAGCAGACAGACCAGCUAAUGUACGAAUUAUCAGAACGAUACAAACCAACGAUUUAUCAGACACGAGUAAUGCAAAAAGUAAUUCCGGACAUGUAACUAAUCAAGCGGUUGAUAAUGUACAAACAAGGCAAGUGGUGCAACAGUCGGGCGUGCGAAGAGUUGUGCUACAGAAGCCUCUGUUAAAUUCCCAGAAGAUUGCUACCACGAUACAAAAGACUGUCUCUAAUUUGCAAAAGAAUCAAGGAUUACAGCAGAAAAUAUCUAACCCGCAAAUCGUACAGACUCAGAAAGUUUUACAAAAUCAGGGUAAUAUAUUACAAAAGUCGACAGUCGGCUUAAAAGCCGCGAUUGUCAAUCAGAGAGUAGUGGCGCAUAAAACACCAGGCGGUUUGCAGAAAACUGUAAUUAACGAUAGCAUGAAUGUUCACGGUCAGAAAGUCAUGAAUAUACAGCAAAACCCGCAACGAAUUGUGCUGCAAAAAUCUGCAGUUCAAGCGAAAAAAUUACCUGAGAUUAAAACAAACACGGUUAAAUUAGAAAAUUUGGCCGCGAGUACGUCCGAGGCCCAAAUUAGACGUAUGUGUCAAGCCAUCGGAACCAUUGAGAGUAUACGCAUGGGCGAGGGUAACGCGACCAUUGUGUUUAAGACACAAUCUGCCGCCAUGGUGUUUCACAAGAAAUACCAACGUAAAAUGCUCGAUCUAUCGCUGAUAACCGUUCGUCUCGUGCCGCAAACCACAUCCGGAAAUAAAGCGGUCACAGCGGUCGCGAAGAAAUCCCCAACGGACAUGGCUUCUACUAAGGUUGAUUGGGGGCAAUACGCCGAUGAACAAGAUAAAUUGGCGUCAAAGGUAACAAGUUUGAACUUGGAUAAACCAAACACAACGUCCGUUCCACCAGUAAAGGAUGAUUCCAAGAGUGACGAUGACACAGCCGAGGACCAAAUCUCACCAGCAGAGAAAUCACUUUUGCAAAAAAUUAUAAGGAAAGGAUUAGUUGAAACAACAAAAGACAUAGAAGUUCAAAGAAAGGAUCCAAAUUCUCCAUUAUACAGUGUUAAAACUUUCGAUGCUCUUCACCUCAAACCUGCCUUGUUAAAAGGAGUAUAUGCAAUGGGAUUCAAUGCACCCUCAAGAAUUCAAGAAACUGCUCUGCCCACUCUGCUUGCUGAUCCUCCACAGAAUAUGAUUGCACAAUCUCAGUCUGGUACGGGUAAGACAGCUGCGUUUGUACUCGCGAUGUUAAGUCGGGUAGAUCCUACAUUGAAUUAUCCACAAGUACUUUGUUUAUCGCCGACUUACGAGCUGGCGAUUCAAACUGGCGAGGUAGCGGCGAAGAUGUCACGCUUCUGUCCUGAAAUAAAGAUUAAAUUUGCUGUCAGAGGAGAAGAAAUAAGCCGUGGCUCGAAGAUUACAGAGCACAUUAUAAUAGGAACUCCAGGCAAGGUGUUGGAUUGGGGACAGAAAUUUAAGUUCUUUGAUUUAAGCAAAAUCUCUGUGUUUGUAUUGGACGAAGCUGAUGUUAUGAUCGCUACACAAGGCCAUCAAGAUCAGUGUAUUCGUAUUCACAAAUUACUGCCACGUUCAUGUCAGAUGAUGUUUUUCUCUGCGACGUAUGAGCCGGAAGUGAUGAACUUUGCAGAGAUUAUAGUUAGUAAUCCAUUAAUAAUACGGCUAUUAAGGGAAGAAGAGAGUUUAGAUAACAUCAAACAGUACUAUAUCAAGUGCAAAAAUAUAAACGAAAAAUACACAGCUAUCACCAAUAUCUAUGGCAUGAUUACUAUUGGACAAGCAAUUAUUUUCUGUCAUACAAAGAAAACUGCUAGUUGGUUGGCAGAGAAAAUGACGAAGGACGGGCAUGCAGUAGCGAUAUUGUCUGGUGACUUAACAGUAGAACAAAGAAUUUCUGUGUUAGAUAGAUUUAGAGCAGGACUCGAAAAAGUUCUGAUUACUACAAAUGUUUUAGCUAGAGGCAUUGAUGUAGAACAGGUGACGAUAGUGGUUAAUUUUGACUUGCCAAUGGAUCAAAAGCGGCAAGCCGACUGCGAAACAUAUUUACACAGAAUUGGAAGAACAGGACGAUUCGGAAAAUCGGGGAUUGCCAUUAAUUUAAUUGAUUCUGAACACGCGAUGCAAUUGUGCAAGGAUAUAGAGCAACAUUUUGGCAAGAAGAUCCAUUAUCUCGAUGCAGAGGACGCGGAUGAGAUUGAGAAAAUCGGAGCUUAGGAUAAUAUGCUUUUUAUUAUGGAUGUAUCUAGGCUUUAAUAUAAUAUUUUUUAAAGCGGA